AUGGCCUUCUUCUUUAGCCGCGGUCGAUCCCGCCAGCCAUCCGAUGUUGUGGAGGAUGAGUUGGCCAAGCAACUUUCCCAGAUGAAAGUAAUGGUGCAGGGAACUCAAGAACUCGAUGCCUCUACCGAUCAGGUCCACGGUCUGGUCCAGGCUAUGCUGCAAGAGGAUCUGCUUUACGAACUCGCGGUGGCUCUGCACAACCUCCCAUUUGAAGCAAGGAAAGACACUCAAACAAUAUUCUCUCACAUACUGCGCUUUAAACCUCCUCAAGGGAAUUCACCAGACCCUCCUGUCAUCUCUUACAUCGUGCACAAUCGGCCUGAAAUCAUUAUUGAGUUAUGUCGGGGCUACGAACACAGCCAAAGUGCUAUGCCAUGUGGCACUAUCCUCAGGGAGGCGUUGAAAUUUGACGUAAUCGCCGCUAUCAUUCUUUACGAUCAGUCAAAAGAGGGGGAGCCGGCAAUCAGACUCACCGAAGUCCAGCCCAACGUUCCCCAGCGAGGAACGGGUGUUUUCUGGAGAUUCUUCCAUUGGAUUGAUCGGGGCACCUUUGAGCUAAGUGCAGAUGCCUUCACAACCUUCAGGGAGAUCCUGACGCGUCACAAGUCCCUCGUGACUGGAUACCUAGCCACGAACUUCGACUACUUUUUCUCACAGUUUAACACUUUCCUCGUCCAGUCUGAGUCAUAUGUUACCAAGCGACAAAGUAUCAAGCUCCUCGGCGAGAUCUUACUAGACCGCGCCAACUACAGUGUGAUGAUGCGCUAUGUCGAGAGCGGAGAAAACCUCAAACUCUGCAUGAAGCUCCUGCGGGAUGAUCGCAAGAUGGUCCAGUAUGAGGGAUUCCAUGUUUUUAAGGUAUUCGUCGCGAACCCAGACAAGUCAGUGGCGGUACAGCGGAUUCUUAUCAAUAACCGGGACCGGUUGUUAAAAUUCCUCCCGAAAUUCCUCGAGGACCGCACAGACGAUGACCAGUUCACGGACGAGAAGAGCUUCCUCGUCCGGCAGAUCGAACUUUUACCCAAGGAACCUAUCGAACCAUCUCGUUCUGGGCGUGAGCCGUCUCGGUCAACUGCCAACACCACGACAGUGGCAUAA